CGCCGCUGUGGCGUUCGUUCCUUGUCAAUCGCUUGCUUCCGCAAGGUGGCCAUCCGUCGUGCAUCUCCAAGAAAGACGUGAGCAACCAAAGUCCAUCCCUCUCCUGACCUUCGUUUUCUCUCCGCGCAAAUCCUUCAAUUGCGACGACUCCAUCUUCCCACCCAGCUCAACCAAGUUAUAUACAUUCCCACCCACAGCCAUUAUGAUCACCGACAGCCAGCUCUAUUCGCUCGCCAUCUUCCUCGGAAGCGCUGCCAUGUUUCUCAUCGUUGUAUAUCACUUUCUCGAGGUCAAUUCUGAUGACCACGUCCCGGAGGGAAAGCCUAGAGCGGCUGGAGGAAAAGCGAAGGCAUGA